CUUUUACGCUCUCUCACGCUCUCUCACGCGCUAUCUUUCCCUUCACCCCUUCAUUCUUAUAGGAAGAAACCGCUGCUACAGCUCACAAUGGCCCCUGCAUCUGAAGACACGCUGGUCAAGCAUUCCACGGAGGCGGCAACUGAAUUUGUGAAUUCUUUUUAUCCUGCACUCCAGUCCAACCGCGCCACCAUUUCCUCAUUCUACAGUCAACAGGCUUCGACUAUCCUUUUCAACGGAAACGUUGUCGCCGAUGGCGCCGCCGUCCAGGAGAUUUUCGUCAACCAGAUGACUCCCACUCACUACGAAGUGCAGUCAUUCGACUGCCAGAUCAUCAAUCGCACAUAUCCCACACCUACCGCUACGGGCUUCAAGCUCCCCACAGAGACCACCGUCAAGGAUAUGUCCAUCCUCGUGAUCGUCAGCGGCUUUGUCCGCUUCGGCGAAUCCAGAGAUCUACCACAGCGCGGAUUCAGCGAGACCUUCGUCCUGGUCCCGAACCCCACUGCCGAUGGACCGAAGGGAAAGCGCAGGCGUGAAUGGCUCAUUCAGACUCAGAACUUCCGGCUGGUGGUUUAGAAGAGCAAAUCAAUCGAGGUAUGAUCGCGCGAGGCGGACGCGUCGUCCAGUAACAAUUCACAUGAUGCGCUGCGAAUCAACGAAAGACAUUCAACGACAUUUG